UAAUCAAAGUGAAGGUGGUUAAACAAAAUGGAGUCAAAUCAACACUUGGAAACAAAAGUUAAUCAAAUUUACAUCGACACUGGUAAUUUACUUCAAAGUGAACAGGUUAAACGACAAGCGACACUUUUGCCCGAUGAAGAGGCGAUUACUGGAUUGAAUAUCGCUGUUGGUUAUUGGAAAAGUAGGAACCAGUUGACUACAAUUGAAAAUGAUUCUAAAUUGAUUAUAAGCCAAUGUUUUGGUUUACCAAAGGAGAAAAUUGAUCCACAAUUACGAGAAAACUGUAAAAUUACAGUUAAAUUGUUCAUCUACGAUGAGAUAAUUAAUCUACUUGAUGAUGCUCUUGAUUUUAUUCUCAAAUCUUUGAACACUGAUUACUUGGAUUCUUUGAUAAUUGCUAUCCAAUCAACCGGAGAAACCAAAUUAACCAUGGAUAAGAUUAAACGUCUUUGGAAUUGUGCUGAAAAGAUUGACCUUAAACAGGUUCGAGAUAUUGGAUUAUCUGAUUUGGAUACACCACAAUUGUCAGAAUUGUAUCAAUCGGCCAAGCUAAUUAAACCCUCCAGCAAUCAAAUUAACCUUGAAUCGUGUUGUGUUAUACCUUCAGAGAUGAAGGAAUUUGCUCAAAACAAUAACGUUAAAUUGUUGACCCAUAAUGAUCCCAAAGAUUUCUUGGCCGAUGAUAAAUUCAGACAAUUAAUUUCAUCCUGUGGUUUUGACAAUCCAUCUAAAUGGUCAAGAUUCUGGAUCGCCAGAUACACUAGUCUACAGAAACACAAAGGAAUCGUUCAAAACAAAGGAUACAUUUUAUCGGCCAAAAAAAGCUCUUAAUCAUCAACCAUAACAACACCAACAAUUAAAGUCAAUUACAAUUACGAGAACAACAAAACAAAAACAAAAAAGAUUCACAAUCGCGACCAAGAACCUUAAAGAAAAUCAUCAAUCAGAUGCUUGGAAUGUCCAAUCACAAGUCCGUCAACUAAUUGAAUCAAAACACUAACUGAAUUUAUUGUCAAAUUAAUCAGGAAAAAAAAAGUUCAAAUGAUUAAAAAUUAAAAAGAAAACAAAACUAA